AUGGCAGCGCGACGACGAUCGGGCUCGCUCGAGUUGGACUACGGGGACAGCGCGUACAACGACAUCGACCUCAUCGGGACCGACUUCCCCAUGGAGCACGACGUCGUGGGCGGGUCGAUGCCACAUUCGUACGGCGGUGGAGCGAGCACGAGCGCAGGCGGCGGCGGCAGAGCGGGAUCGAGCGCGGGUGGGGCGCACCAGCAACAGCACAACGGCGGGAGGGCCGGGUCGGGACAGCCAGAGGCGCACAAGUCCACCCUUCCCGCCGUCCCAGGUCUUCCCGCCAAUCCUCUCACCGGCGUCCGUCCUGGCGGCGGCUCGGCGAGUCCUGCACCGCCUGGAGGAGCGCCUGGGGCACUGCCGAACUCGGCGCUGUUCAUCGGCGACUUGCAUUGGUACACGAGUGACGCCGACAUCGUCUACCUGGCGCAACUGGCGGGAGUCCCGGUCGUCGAGCUCAAGGACGUCUCGUUCUCCGAGCACAAGGUCAAUGGCAAGAGCAAAGGCGUCUGCUACGUCGAGUGCCAUUCUGCCGAGAACGCGCAACGCCUGAAGCAGUACAUCGACAAUAAUGAGUACCAGGAUAAAAAGAUGCUCGCACAGAUCGCGCCUGGCGGAACGGGCGUCUCGCCUUUCAAGACUCUGCCGAAAGAACCUGCCCGCGCACAGAACGUUCCGCACUCGAACAUCCCCCGCGUCGGCGGCAUCGCCGUCCGCCCCCCUCCCUCCGUCACGACCGCCUACAUGAACCCUCACCCCGGCCAGAACCGCCGCGACCAGCAGCCUGGCGCUCAGCAGAACCAGCCUGGCGGGCGCCCGAUGGCUGGCUUGCCGGUCAAGGGCGGAGCGAUGGGGAACGUCGGAACGAGGAUGGCGGGCCCGCCGUUGCAUGCGAACAUGGGAGGAGGGGGAGGUGGGAUGGGCCAGCAGCAGGGAGGGAUGGGGAUGCAGUUUGGAGGCGGAGCGGGCGGCGCGCCUGGAGCGGGCAUGUUCAACCCUGCUUUCGGAUUCGGCGCGGGCGCCGGUGCGCCAAACGGAGGAGGAGCCGGGGCGGGAGGGUUCGACAUGAGCGCGUUUGGCGGGAUGGGGAUGAUGCCUCUCGGCGGUAUGGGAAUGGGCAUGAUGCCGCUCGGAGGGAUGCCUGGGUUCGGGAUGGGUGCGAUGGGCAUGCCUGACUUUUCGGGCAUGAGCGCGUUCGGUAUGGGCGCGAUGGGCGGCGCUGGGAUGGGCGACGGCGCGCACGACGGUCAGGCGAAGAAGAGGACGAGGACAGACGGGUAG